CGAUAGCUUUCACUCCAUCCAAGAACACACCCACACACAAACGCAUCAAUCAAUCAAUCGCCCUCGGCGACAAACGAAUGUCCACACAUCCGGCCAUCCACACAAGAGCAAUGCCUCCAUCCAAUUGAUCACUGGCACUCACUGUCUGGCGUAUGAGGGCAGCAGCCUGACAUUGGCGGCCAGAGGACUGCCCACAGGUGACACACGGAUGUGGCCCUCUAUCUCAAACCCAUCCAAAUACGCCGGCAGAUGCGAUGAUGGCCACACCUCCUCCCUCCUCCCCUGGCCCCUCAACUGCCGCUGGUAUCUGGCUUUCGGCUCAGGCGACAGGGUGGGCGGAAGUGUGACGGGGUCACUCACGUCGGGGGGCGGCAGAGCUUCAACACUGCCUCCUUUGCCUCCAGAUGACCGCUCACCACGCAGACGCGACCGAGACGGCCUGACAGAACAAGGAAUAGCCCACAGGAAUGACACCCAACCAAACACACACACAUGCUUACAAGGCCGGAGGGGCGGGCUGAGCAAUGACGGGUGAGUGUCUCUUCGGUGGCGGGCCCAAUUGGAUGUCCCGUAGCCGCUGGAUGGCGUCCUGCGCCCCCCGAUGUGGCGGCUCAAGAGCUCCGGCUGAGCCCAUGAAUUUGGUGACCGAGUUAGCGAGUGUGCAGAGGACGCCUGUGGCGUCGUAGAGUGACGCCCGCAGGUGAUGGUCGUCCGCCUCACUCUCCUCCAGAUAUGCACGCAACAACCUGACCACACGUGUAAGAGACAUACAUGUCAUCAGUGUGUGGGGCAGUGUCUCUGCAGUGCAAUUCGACUCCUCACUGUGAGGCUGUGCGGAGCUGCUCAUUGGUCUGCCUCCUCUGUUGGUGCAGCUUUGCGAUCUCCCGCUGACUCCAGUCACGCUCGUUUGCCUCAGCCUGCACACAGACGUACGGCGCAAAGGAUACACGAACACCUUGCUGCCUCACCUGCCACUGGCGCCUCAGCUCAGCGUUAGAUUCCUUGAGUUUGGCCAGCUCCGCCCUGAGGCCGUCAAAGUCCCGCUGGUCCAGCAGCGACGCCUCCAGCUCAGCUACCAACCGUGCGAUCUCCUCCUGCAUGUAUGACAUCCAUUAGAGUGUGGUCGUCCUUUGUGUCUUGCAUGCUUACGUCCUUUUGCUGCAGUUUCACAGCACUCUGCCUCAGGUCACUGCGCAGCCGAUUGAGCUCCUCCUGAUCAGCCGCAUGCUGCUGCUGCUGUUGGGUGUCACGCUGCCCCUUGUCCGUGGUUGGCUGCACACAAUGAGCAACGAGACGAAGUCAGAGAUCGGUUCAGUGGUGUCGCACCUGUAGUUGCUGCAGUCGUUGUUGCAGGGCAGUGAGUCGUGCGGCUGAUGAUGAGGCAGCCUCGGUCGCACCCUCGCGAGCACGGCUAAGCUGCCGCUGCACACACACACAUUAAAAGACACGGUGCUUGUGAAGCUUUCUGUCCCCGUGCAGUCCCUGCACCUAGAUGGAUGUAUACCUGCAAGUAGUCGAUUUCCUCCUCUUGUGCCUUGACCUUGGCCAAAAGCCGGCUCACCUCCUACGUAGUGCACUCAUACAGUCAGACAAGGAUGCUGCAGCUGAUGAACGGGAGCAGAGGGAAGGGCAGCUUGCCUGUCUGCUUCUCUCCUCAUCGAGGACGCUUGGGGCUGCGGCCGCCGCCUCCUGCUGACUCCUCAGCUCAUCCGCAAGGGUAUUCCUGACAGAUGAGCAGUCCGGUGUUCGAUGGACGUGUUCGCUGGUGUGGCCUUAAUUACUUUUCUCGUUUGAGUGAGUGCAUGAGCGUGCGCAGCUCGUCGACCUCCUGCUGCAGCUGUGCCGUCCUGGCUAUCUCACUUUCAUCCCGCAGAGCCUCGCGCUCCCUCACGGCCAACCGCUCCUGACAGAGACACGAACGCAGACCUUGAUUGAGGGCCAGCGUAUAUGUGAAAGAGUGAUGGUCGGCUUACCUUGGUGUGGCGCAGCUCCAAUCGAAGCUCUUGCAGGUCAUGCGCUGUCGCUGACCUGAAUACCGUUAGAUAGAUGCCGUUGAUCCUCUGUGUGUCGCAUCCCAUUCAUCUACUUGUUCUCUUCGAGAGUGCGAAGUCUCUGCUUCUCGCCCUCCAACGCAGCCCUCGUCUCACGCAGCCUGACAGACAACGGGUGGCAUCAAUGUGACAGACACUUGUCCGUCUGUCUGUCUGUCUGUCCACUUUUGUUCGGUUGUCUCGUUGUCCUGCCGUGCCUCCCUCAGCUGGGCCUUGACCUUCUCAGCGGCGGCACGGUCCUCAUCGAUGCCCUGCAUGCGCUGCUCCGUCAGGCGCAAAGUGGUCGUCAGCGUUUCCAAAUGUUGCUGAAGACGGAAGAAAACGAGAACAGUUGGGGAGAAAUGCGCGCAAUAGACUGCACGGCACGCACCUUGAGUGACUGUUGUUUGCUCUUCCACUGUGCGUUCUCUGCCUCCAGCUCAGCCAAGCGGCCCUGCAUGCCGUUUGCGUCUCGCAGCCUCGAUUGGGCGUCAUCCAGCUGCUGACGGAGAGACCUCAGCUCACGCUGGACAGACUCAGCGUCUGACGAGCGACACACAGGAAACCAAGGUCAGUGACCCACUUUACGUGUGUUGGUGUACUAUUUACCGAGGUCCUUUUGGUGCAGCUGGUCCUUGAGUCUGGCGAUCUCCCUGUCCGCAGUGCGGUUGGCCCUCUCCAGCUGGGUGAUCCUCUCGUUGUCACUCUCCUGUGCGCUGUGAUGCAGCUGCUCCAACUCACGGGCCCUUAUGUCCGCCUGGAGGCAGCCAGGACACAGACGACAAGACACGUGGCACGGCACAGCUCCCACUCGCCGACCCACCUGUGUUUUAUCGGUCUUGAGGGCCAUGUAUUCCCUUCGCAGCUGCUGGUACUUGUCCUCAAUCCCCGCCUUCUCCUCAAACUCUAAUUCUUCAAACGCCUGUAUUCACGUCAGCAUACACAUACAGAUGGAGACACGCUCGCAAGGAAGCCGACCUAGCUGCCUACCUGCAUUGUCUUGGUGAGGUGCAGCAGCAGGUCAUCGUGGCGCAUCUUGAACAGCAGGUUCUGGGCAGAAUCGCUGCACACAGCCGCCCCGCCACACACAUGUCUCCGCUCCCUCUCCCUCCCUCCCUCCCUCCCUCCAUUACCCUGCCUUGCCUACAUGAGCUUGAAGUUGAGCUCCUUGAUCAUGGCAAUGUCCUCUCGGGUCAGCCGCUUCACUCUGCCCUGCCCAUCCUCCUCAGCACCAAGCCGCCGAAGCUGCGAAGCACACCAUGCCGCCUCAAGUGAGGGUUUCCUCUCUGACAUGAUUGGUGCUGACCUCUGCCAGGUAUCUCUCUUCCUUGUAUCGGUGUGUGGGAGACUCGAUGACGGCCGCACGAGGGGUCGAUCGAUUCGACCCUGUGGUGCCGCCAAGCAUACUGUAAGACCAAGGUAAGACAGUAUAGAUGUGCACCAAGGCUGAGAGGCCACGUGGUGGAUGGUGGGUGGGCAACAGUAAAACGCUCGCUGACUUGACUCACCGUGCAUUUGUGUCCGUCAGAGAGCGCUGCAAAAAGACGAACGGAGGCGCAAAAGACAAGAAACAGACCAGGAAGCUAUGGCCCUGACCCACUCAAUGACUCACUCACCCGGAGCUCCUCGGUGCCAAACUGUGGGCUCUCGUCUGCAGCACGAUCUCCACCCUCAUACACGGCCAACGCGGGCACAGCGGAGCCACCCUCCAGCCGGUCCCUGGCCCUCUCCUCGAAUGUCGCCAAGGAAGCGCCCUGAAGCGUGGCCGUUACCGCCUUGCCCUGAGCAGCAGCCGACGCUUUCUUAGCAGUUGCAGGUCGGGGUUUGCUUAGAGGGCUCUCAAACCCGAGAGACAUGACCUCCCUCUCCAACCUCUCCCCUUCUAGUCUUCUUUCCAGUGUCCUGUCAGGCGGUGCCUUUGCAGCAGGGGGCGGCCCUCGGCUGGAGGAGCUGGCCGAGUCGGCUCCAGCCAUGACCGCUGCCCAUGUGGGCACAGCUGCGGUCUUCUUGGCCUCAAAUAGCGGCACAGAUGUGGAGGGGAAGUGCUGGGCUGCGCUGACAGCCGGUGGGGGAGUGGCGGCGCGGGGAGGGAUGGGGAGGGCGGCCAGUGGGGGAGGGGGAGGCAUGGACGGGGUGCGAGGUGGGGGUGGGCCAGCUAGCUGCAUUGGGGGAGGGCGGACAAACGAGGGAGGGGGGACCUUGUAAGCCGGCAUGAACACACCACCAGAGGGAACUGGGGACCUGCAUUGCAAAGCCAGAUAAGUGUGUCAUUCUUUCUGUUUCUCUCCCAUUACCCAGGUCUCGACGGAGGCAUGGGUGGUCUGGCGUGUGGUGGGUAAGCCACGGGCGAGCCAAAGGGAGGUCCAAAGUAAGGCGGACUCUGCAUCGCUCUGUCGUCCUUUUUCGGGCUGAGAGCCUCAGGCGUGUGAAUUGCCGACACCUCUAUGUCAAGAGUGCCGGGCGCGUGCUCGACCUGACUGUGGACAGUGAAGUCGAACAGAACUCGAUCAGACGAGGGGGCAGAACUCUUCGCAGCCACUGGAGGAGGCUUGGACAGCCCCUCUACGUCACCAGUCGACACGUCAAUCCAGCUGCGGUGCUCUGCGAGUGCCUUGGCGGUAACGCCCUCCUCGACCGGCUUCUUGCCGUCACGUGUGCGGCCCUUUCUGCCUGGCGAUCCGACCUGUCGAAAGUCGAGUGUCGGUGCUGCUGUGACGGUGGUCGACAGACCACUGGGGUACGGGGGCGAAGGCUUUGACCGGUCCGUGAUGCGCUGAACACUCGACGAGGCGUCAAAUCUCAACGAGUCACGCGGUCCGAUGGCUCGCCGCAACCUCCUCAGCUCAGUUCUCAGCCUCUCUGUGUCGCAGUCGCUGGAAUCGAUGUCUCUGCCAGAGCUCUUUUGCGACGUCAGCUGGUAGCUGGAUGAGUCACGCUCACCACUGGACGACAGACGAUUCAGAGACAGCCGUCCCCGAUGCUGUCUCAGCGCGUGCUUGAGCCGACGGUUGUCGACGAAAAGAGAGCCUCUCUGCCGGCUGGGGGGCGUCACAGAUCGGCUGUCGGCCUUCUGCUGUGACUUUUUGCUAGCGCGAAGUGCUGCCUUGAGCGGCUUGGAGUCGAAGCCGACGGUUGUGUCGUCACUCGACGAUUCUUGGUGACGAGUCUUGGGGCUUGGCAGCUGGGCGGGCAGGUCACCCACUGCUCGGCCGAAGACGGGAGAGUGAGACUGUGGCUUGGGGCCGACGGGCUGAGUGGUCUGCGGCUGCGGCUGCGGCUGCUGGUGGUGGUGGUGGACAGCAGCCGAGGGUGUGGGUGGUGUGUGGAGGGUGAGAGCGUUGGGCGAGUGGAUGGGGCUGGUGGGUCGGCCGAUGCGGAUCGAUGGGGCGGUCUGCGCUCCGAUGUUGACUGUAUGUGAGAAGGAGGGAAUCUCACUGGCCGGCUGGGGCCUUGCCACAAAGACGGGGAGAGGAGAGACGGACGGCGGCGAGAGCUGGGGAUGGCCAAAUGCCAGCGGUGUGGGGGUCUGGUAUCUGGCUGACAGGACGGGUGAGCUGACUGCCGAAGGGGUCACGCACACUCGAGGCGGAGAGACAAAUCCCAACAAGUGAGGCCGGGACGCUAGGGCAGAGUGAGGAUAGCCAAGAGGCGGCCGGGCGGACUGAACAAGAGGGACAGAGUGAAGAGGUUGAGCAGGGGAAGGGGAAGGGGCAGGGGGAGGAGCGGAAACGCUCCUGGGAGGGAUGGCAGUGGGCGGGGCAGAGAGGAUUCGUCUGGCCGGCAGCUCACACCAGUACGGCAGACCCGGCGUCCAAUACCGCUGCACGGGACGACCGAAUGCCGGAGGCUCCAAAUAGAUAGUGGUCGCUUGACCGAAGUGACAGUGGGCGAAGGGACUGUGGGCAGCAGUCGGACCUCCUCAGUCGCUCCAGCCUUCUGCUGCAACUGCUGCUGGUGGAGUGACAGGGCGCCUCUGGGCGGGAGCUUGGGCGUUGACAGCGGUGUUUUCCAUUCGGGCAGGACCGUUGUUGUGGCACCUAGGUCAGAGAAAGUGGGGGGGCUGUGGCACUGCGGAGAGACGUUGACAGGCGACCGCACCGGAGACGGAGCGUCCUUCUUAAAGCCUAAAUCACCACCAGGGCUCGCGAGGACCGCUAGACGAGCACCAUUCCCCCCAGCAAAGUGAAGAUCAGUGACUGUGCGGGGCGGCGGCCCGGCAAGUGAGCGGGAGACGACGGGCGAGCUGGUGUGGCUGAAGGGUCUGCGGGGGAGGCCUUGUCUGAAGCGCCGCUUCGGAGGGACCUCUGUGGUGCAGCAGAGGACGUCUGAGAGGCAGGGAUCAGGGUUGUCGGUGGAGUCAGAAUGGUUGAUCGAUAUCACUCCCUGAAAGAAUGAAAGGACACACACAGACGACGAACGUGACAAUGGCAACUUUUGGCCUUCCCACUCUGCCAACGUGCUGUACUCUCACUUCAGAGGGGCACUGAUGAGCCGCUGCCAUAUAUUGCCAACACGAAACUCGACAGGUGACCCUGGGAAGUGCAUGCUCUAUGUGGAUGGAUGAAUGGAUGGGGGAAGAACGUCGGCUAAGAGAUGCUGGCGGGGUGCUCUAUGGCGUCGCUCCGUGAUCCGUUGCACACCAGAUGUCACUGCAAGCAAGGUAGAACAGGACAAGCAUCCAUGUCACAGACAGCGUCUCAGUCAGUAAUGGCUGCAGCAGCUUGCAGGGGCUGUGCACUGGUGAUUCACCUUUGAUUCACCUACAAAGAUGCCA